AUGUUCACAUUCGCUGCCUUCUGCUACAUGCUGUCUCUGGUCCUCUGCGUCUCCCUCAUAUUCUUUGCAAUAUGGCACAUCACAGCCUUUGAUGAGCUCCAGGCUGACUUCAAGGUCCCCAUCGAUCAGGGAAACCCUCUCCAUGCGAGGGAGAGGCUGAGGAACAUUGAGAGGAUCUGCAACCUGCUGCGGAAGCUGGUGCUGCCGGAGUACUCCAUCCAUGGGCUCUUCUGCAUCAUGUUCCUGUGUGCUCAGGAGUGGCUGACGGUGGGCCUCAACAUCCCCCUUCUCUUCUACAACACAUGGAGGUACUUUCACUCGCCCACCGACACGAAGGAGCUGCUGUACGAUCCGGCAUCUGUCAUGAAUGGAGACACGCUCAAGUUCUGCCUGAAGGAGGCCUGGUGCAAGUUGUCCUUCUUCGUCCUGUCCUUCUUCUACUACCUGUACUGUAUGAUCUACGCCUUGGUUACCUCAUCAUAACAACUGACCAAUCAGCGAACAGGAGACGACGCCUCCGAGCCAACCUGCAGUAGUCUCAAUGUAGAGACCACCUCACGAACAUAGCACUGAUCUGGUCUGAGGUCCCACUCGGCUGCUCCGCUGUACAUAGGAACUGAAGAACUGUUUGUAACGGGUCUGGUGACUGUAUCAGACUUGAUCAUCACUGCCUGGUUAGUACCACUCACUCUGGCACAACGCUCUGGAGCCAGUAGCAGAGCCGGAGAGCACACGGUAGCGUUUGCACAGUUUGUCUCAGGCACAGUUUCGGUGAAAGCACUGCCCGACCGCACAAGCCCCGCCCUCCUGCCGCGCCUCGCCUCCUGUAGCUUCAGCGAGACCGGUCACACGGAGCACACUGUACAGAGGGAUCGAACUGAAGUGAGGGGUGCUCUGGACCACCUCUCCCACCCUGACACAUGGCCCCCAGUCUGUGGGUUUUUCUUAACAUAGAUAUUAUAUAGAUAUGAAUGGCUUUGUGAUGUGAGCAUUUUUGUGUAUUCUUUAUAAAGGCAUUCUUUCCUUCAGUCCCAUUUCCAUAAGGUUAAAAUUGUAUGGUAACUGAAGAU